AUGGCACCGCUAGUCUGGUUCAUUACCGGAGCCUCGUCAGGACUUGGUCUAUCCCUUUCGCUGUACGCAUUAACAGCCGGCCAUUAUGUCAUUGGAACCGUUCGCAACGCAGCGAAGUCCGCAGAUGCCGUCCAGGCCUUUCAGGAUAAGGGUGGAAAGAUCGUGGAAUUAGACGUCACGAAAGCCGAUGCCAUUCCCGAGGCAGUUAAACAGGCCGAGAGCUUUUACGGCAAAAUCGAUGUAUUAGUAAACAAUGCGGGGUACUCGUUAUUAGGCGCCGUGGAGGACCUGAACGACAAAGAGAGCGCCCUCCAGAUGGAGACCAACUUCUUCGGACCUCUCCGAGUAAUCCGUGCCGUGCUGCCCGGUAUGCGCGGAAACCGCAGCGGAACGAUCGUGAACAUUAGUAGCAUCGCUGGUCAAGAUGCUUUACCUUCAUGUGGACUGUAUUCUGCCAGUAAAUUUGCGCUGGAAGGUCUAUCUGAAUCAUUGAGUCGUGAGCUUGCGCCCUUCGAUAUCUCAGUGCUGGUGGUUGAACCCGGUGCUUUCCGUACAAAUUUCCUGUCGGCGGUUCAAAGGAACGAGAGUGGCCUUAGCGAGCCCUAUAAAGGUGGGCCGGUGGACAUAAUGCUGGGUAAUUUCGAGUCAGCACAGGGCAAACAAAAGGGAGAUCCGCAGAAGGCGGUCGCGAGGAUUUUUGAGGUUGUCACUGGCGAGGGGGCCGCUGGUGGGCUUAAGGGGAAGGUUCUGAGAUUGCCACUGGGUCCGGAUUGCGUGCAAAGAAUGCAGGCGAAACUGGAUAAGGCUUCUGCUGAUCUUAAUGCUGCCCGGGAAUUCGCACUGAGCACCAACUAUGAUUAG